AUUAUGUGGAACCUAAAACCCUCCAUGAAAUGAGGUGGUCAGUACCUUGGAACACAAGUUUUACCAACUGUACUUCCCAAUUAUCCUGCCGCAGAUUUCCCAUUCAACGCACACAUAAUCCCCAAAGCAACAAUCUCUUUAAAAUGCCCUAAAAUCUCACCAACACAUAUUCCUCUCUUCCAACAAUGGCUUUUGGCAAUAUCCAAGAACCAGACGGAGAGAUCCUAGAGAAUGUUUGGGCGAAUUUCAUCAGAAAACCACAAACCGAUAAAAGAUCAAUUCAUGUUCCAGAAGUUUCUAGAACUUGGGGAGCGUUGCCUACCCUUGAUGACAUACCAGAAGAUUCUAAAGAAAUGCUUCCAAGCCUAGAUAUGUCGAUGGAGGACCUGGAAUGGACAGAGAUUCUCGAUGUGAUCGCUUCUUUCCCGAGCGAAACCAAUCAUGACCCAUUAACCAACCCUACCACCGAUUCUUGUUUUUUGCCUUCUCGGGUUUGUUGCAAAACAAGAAAAUACAGGGGAGUACGGAGGCGUCCGUGGGGGAAAUUCGCAGCAGAAAUCAGGGAUUCGACGAGAAACGGUGUUAGGGUUUGGCUCGGAACGUUCCAAACAGCAGAAGAGGCAGCUAUGGCUUACGAUAAAGCCGCGGUUAGAAUUAGAGGAACUCAAAAAGCGCACACGAAUUUUCAACUCGAGACGGUUAUUAAAGCUAUGGAAAUGGAUUGCAACCCAAACUACUACCCGAUAAACAGCUCGAAUACGUCCCAGCCAUUAAGAAGUGGCCACAAAAUUGGAUUGAGAACGAGAAAAGAGGCGAUUAGGGCUUAUGAUAAAGUCGUUGAUGAGUUGGUUGAAAACCACUGUGCCCUUAGUUGUUGUUCAACUAAGAAGUACUCGGAGACGUGUGGGCUGCUUGGGAGUGAAGAAACUUGGUUAGGUUCAAGAAAGAGACGAAGGAGUGACAAAGAUUAUAUGUUUGAAGAAGUUGAAAUGCAGAAGAUGGUUACUGAACAAGAAGAGACAUUAUGUGAUGUGUUUGGUUUGUUUGAGUUUGAGGAUUUGGGAAGUGAUUAUUUGGACACGUUAUUAUCUUCUUUCUGACAGAAAAACAUUAACCACCAUUACGGUUGUUAAUUUUCAUAGUUAUAUAAUUAUGUCAAGAUUUGUUUAAUCGGGCCUACGGCCUAAAAUAUUUUAAAUAGAUAGAUCUCUCAACUUCAAAAAGCGUCAAAAAAAUGAAGCCUUGAUAUAAAAACAAACAUCAAUCUGCUUACCAAAAAAAAAAAACCAAACAUCAAUCUCUCGCCCUCAAGGUUUACAUUUAUGGCCGCCCGCUGAGACCGCCGCUUAAGGCCGUCUCCUCCGCUCUCUUCAUAACCAAAAAAAAAACUCAUCGCCUUGUAAGCUCGAUUUUCGAAUCAAUUCGAUCUCAUAUGAUGUCGAUCUGUUUCUACUGAAGUUAAAUCUUGCGAAAUCAUCCUUGUUUUGUUCUGAGAUUUUAGGGGUUCACGAUUUGAGUUCUAGGGUUUCUCGCUUAAUCUUUUCUUAUGCAUUUGGUUACACAAUAUCUCAACUUUUUCUUGACUCUGUAUGCAAAUUUGUCAAAAUCAAAACUUUGUAACAGUUUACUCUUUCUCAUGCUUGUGUUUAUGUAAGAACACUGCUUCGCUUUGUGGGAUUGUUGUUUUCAUCACACUUGAUUAAGAGUAUUGAAAAUUGAAAAUGUUAUCGAUCUUGACAAUAAAAUUGGCUAUUUGUUUUUU